ACUUGUUGUAAUUGUAAGUUGGGAGAGAUCAUUUUAGGUUGCAAAAUAAGAUUAACCAUGUUGACAUUGAGAAACUCACAUGUGCAUCUAAUAAGUGUCCUGAAUAGUUCAUCUUUCCCGCUAUGUAUAGGUGGGGAAGAUACUCACAAUAGCCAUAUAAAUUGGUGGUUCUUGAAGCAGCGUAAACUCUCUUUUCCUACAGAGAGAAAGGUUCAUAGGUGCAUGAAAGUUGUAAUGGCAAGCAGUUCCAAAAACACGAAAACCAUGACAACUUCUCAAACUGUGAAGGCCCUUGUCACUGUGAAGCAAAGAAGUGGUGGAUUGCUUGGGAAUCUCGUUAAUGGCGGUCUUGAUGGCAUCAAGGACUUGGUUGGGAAAACUCUCGUUUUGGAGCUUGUCAGCGAUGAGCUUGAUCCAAAAACAAAGACAGAGAGAAAGACAGGAGAGAGUAAUGUGCACAAGAUUGGGUCAACAGAGGAUGAGGUGCAAUAUGAGGUGAGAUUUGAGUUACCAGAAACUUUUGGGAAUGUGGGCGCUGUUUUGGUACACAAUGAGGACCACAAUGAGAUCUUCCUAAAGAACAUAGUUCUUGAUGGCCUUCCUAGUGGCUCUCUGCACUUUGCCUGUGAUUCAUGGAUUCAGCCAACCACUCAUACUUCUCAUAAGAGAAUCUUCUUUGCUAACAAGUUGUACUUGCCAUCAGAAACACCAAGUGGAUUAAGAAAGUUGAGGGAAGAGGAAUUGGUGGCAAUAAGAGGAAAUGGAGAAGGAGAACGAAAAAGCAGUGAUAGAAUUUACGACUAUGAUGUUUACAAUGAUCUUGGAGACCCUGACAAUAACAUUGACCUCAAAAGGCCUGUUCUUGGUGGCUCCAAGCAAUACCCAUACCCAAGACGCUGUCGCACAGGUCGAAAUCCAUCAAAAGCAGAGGAUUGGGAUCCGACGAAAAUUUCAUCUUUACUUGGGAAGUUCUGUCUCUUUGUGGUAUAA